CGCGCCCCGCGUGGUGCAUUUUAAAUUGGGCCUCUGUAAUCUCACCCACAAGUACACAAUUGACUCUUAAACCUGAACCAGUUCGGUCUGAGACGACAGCCAGCCGCCCGUGGUGUCUUGAAUUAUUUAUCGCCCAAUCAAUGGCGCCACCUCCUGGACCUUAUUCCGGCACCAGCACGCUCGCCCUGGUGGCUCGUGCGUCGGCCUUUACUUUUGGUGUGGUUUAUGGUAAUAUGAAGCUCAAGGUUCUUAAGAAUGUUCUGGGACCAUCUACAUCGUCUUUAGGAGAUAUCUCUUACACAAAUGUGCAUAAUAAUUAUCUUCUAUCCCGGGGAAGGGCAUUCUCAAUUUCCCUUACAUACAGAACUGUAUGUGAAGAAGUUUUGAAACUAUGCUGUCCUUUUGGGAGUGAUGAAACAGAUGAAAGUCUUGUCUAUAAGUCAUCUCUCCAUGGCAAAGGCCUGAACAGAUUCUGGUCUAAAGUUGAAGGUUAUCAUGGCCCAUUGCUAAUUUUGGUCUCUGCUGUUUCCAAAAAUGACCAUGGCGGUGAUGCCAGUGCCAGGAAAUGGAUCAUAGGUGCACUUACAGACCAAGGAUUUGAAAAUAGAGAUGCAUUUUAUGGAAGUGCAGGGAAUUUAUAUUCUAUAAGUCCAGUAUUUCAUGCAUUCUUACCUUCUGGAAAGGAGAAGAACUUUGUUUACAGCCAUUUGCAUCCAACUGGUAAGGUUUAUGAAUCACAUCCAAAGCCUGUGGGAAUUGUGUUUGGAGGAACCAUCGGGAAUGAAAGAAUUUUUAUUGAUGAAGAUUUUGCUAAAAUUACUGUUCACCACCAUGCAGUUGACAAAACUUACAGACCAGGCUCCCUUAUUCCAUGACAGGGGUUUCUCCCAGUUGAAGUGCCAAUUUUGGAAGUGGAAGUCUGGGGAUUAGGUGGGAACUCAGCAAAGCAAUCCCAGAUUUCAUACAAGAAGAGGGAGGAACUUUUCACUGAGCAGAGACGCAAGGUUGACUUGAAAACAUUUGCUAAUUGGGAAGAUUCACCUGAGAAAAUGAUGAUGGACAUGGUAUCAGAUCCCAAUGCAGUUAGAAGGGAAGACCGUUAAGGAGUUUUGUAGAGAAUUGAGCUGUUCUAUGUAAAGGGAGGUGACUGGUUUUUAAGUUCAUAUUAGCAUUGUUGUAACUAUAGUAAUUUCCCCCUCCAAUCUAGGUCCCUGCCCUGCCUGGAUGCGAAGCGAAUGGGACAGGGAUUCCUUGAAGUAAAGGACGGGAUAUGUAUAUAUCCUCUCUACACACUACUCUGCAUAUUUCUUUUUGAUCUCUAGAAAUGUUGUGAAUAAUCCAAAAUACCCCUAUUUUAUUUA